UUCAGCUUGCUGCUCAGAAGUUCUUUCUCAUUCCAAGUAAUACUAGGAAUGAACUGAAAUGAACAUGAGGGUCUGGAAAGCAGUAGUGUGGACUCUUGGAUUUAUGUUUUUUGAUCUGACACUGUCCACAUUACUGUACAUAUAUGGCUACAAGGCUAAGACAUUCAUUCAGAAUCUGACACACUUUAAUAUUUUUCAUUCCAUGCUGGAUCUCUGGGGAUUAAGCCUGCUUAGAGCUAUUGUCUUGCUGGGACUUGCUAUUGGAAUAUGCACAAACAGUGUUCAAGGUCCACAACGAUUAAAAAAAUUCAGCAUUUUUAUUUGUGUUAUAAGUUUAUCCAAUAAUGUAUAUACCAUAGUUAAAAUGUUGCUCUACUUUGAAGUGGCAAAGUCUAAGAAUGAUCCGUGGUUCUGGAGCUUAUUUACAUGGAGUUUAUUUUCAGCAUCAGUUACUUGUUUUUUAUGGCAGUUGCUUUCAUUUGUAACACCUUCAAUAAAAACUAAAAGAAUAACUUCCGAUCCUUAUGAUGACUUGGAGAAGAGGCAGCCUCUCACUAAAAAUGAUACAGAAAACAAAAAAAGAAAUGCAACAUCUUCGAGUGCAACUAUAGGCCGCCUGCUUUUCUACUGCAGACCAGAUGCUAAUUUGCUGAUCAUAGCAUUUGUCUUCCUUGUGGUUGCUGCAUUAGGUGAAGUAUUUACUCCAUAUUACAUUGGCUUGGCAAUUGAUGGAAUAGUCAUUGAAAAGAAUAUUGAAAAGUUUUCUAACGUACUACUUCGUCUGUCUUUUCUUGGUGUUGGCAGCUCUUUUGCAGCAGGUGUUCGUGGUGGCAUUUUUACCUUGACAAUGUCCAGACUGAAUGUUAGGAUACGAAAUAUCCUGUUCAGAGCAUUAACACAUCAAGAAAUUGGCUUCUUUGAUUCAACUCGUACAGGAGACAUCAUAUCUCGCUUGACCUCUGACACUACCAUUAUUAGUGACAUUGUCUCACAAAAUGUCAACGUCUUUCUGCGGAGUGCCCUGAAAGCAGCGGGAGUGUGUGCAUUUAUGGUCAGCCUGUCCUGGCAACUGUUCAUCGUCACCUGUGUCACAUUUCCCAUCAUACUGCUAGUGUCUGAACUGUAUGGAAACUAUUACAAGAAACUGGCUAAGAAAGUUCAGGAUGCCUUGGCGGAGGCGAACAAUAUAGCAGAAGAGACCAUUUCAUCAAUGAAAACUGUGAGAAGCUUUGCAAAUGAAAGUGAAGAAGCUGAGCUGUACUCCGAGAAGCUGAAGCACAUGUACCAAUUGAACAAGAAACAAGCUCUAGCUUUCUCCUGCUUUGUCUGGUGCAGUAAGAUUGCACAACUUGCCUUAGGUGUCAUAAUUCUGUUUUACGGAGGCCAUUUAAUUAUGUCUGGACAUAUGAGCAGUGGUAACCUCAUCUCUUUUAUUAUUUAUGAACUGGAACUGGGAGAAUGCAUGGAGAAUAUGGGCUCUGUCUACACUGGAUUAAUGCAGGGGGCAGGAGCUGCAGAGAAAGUCUUUGAAUUUAUUGAUCGUGUCCCAACAAUGAAGCAGGAUGGUACAUUUAAACUAGAACAGAUAGAAGGUCAUAUUGAAUUCCAAAAUGUAACAUUUGAAUAUCCGACACGACCCGGAGUCCAGGUUUUAAAGGAUGUGUCCUUUACACUCCGUCCUGGUGAAAUGACAGCAUUAGUGGGACCUUCAGGAAGUGGGAAGAGUUCUUGUGUCAGUGUUUUAAAAAAUUUCUACCCUCUUCACGGUGGAAUGCUAUUACUGGAUGGGCAUCCCGUUCAUGAUUAUGACCACAGGUAUCUUCAUUCAAAGGUUUCUUUAGUGAGCCAAGAACCAGUGUUAUUUGCUCGGACAAUAUCCCAAAAUAUCACUUAUGGUCUUAACACUUACACACAUGAAGCUACAGUAACAGCAGCACAGAAGAGCAACGCACAUGACUUUAUUAAAGAACUACCUCAAGGAUAUGACACAGUGACCGGUGAGAAGGGAACUCAGCUGUCUGGAGGCCAGAAGCAGCGAGUAGCUAUAGCCCGUGCACUGAUCCGUAAGCCACGAGUCCUUAUACUCGAUGAAGCUACAAGUGCAUUGGAUGCGCAAAGUGAACACGCUGUCCAGCAAGAACUAAGUAAGAAUAUGGAAAACUGUACAGUUCUUAUAAUAGCACACCGUUUAAGUACUGUAGAAAAAGCACAUAAUGUUAUCGUCAUGGAGAAAGGCUGUGUGGUUGAACAAGGAACGCACAAAGAACUUAUGCAAAAAGGAGGCCUAUAUUCAAAACUUGUGCAGAAGCAAAUACUUGGCCCAGGAAAUGUACCUGAGGACAGCAGUUCAUCUGUGUAACAUAGUGACUGGAUACUGAUUAGCGAAAAGUGGACAGAAUGGGUGUUCAGUUAUGCAGAUGAAAAUGUGCAUCUGAUGAACAAUGAUUCCUUGAAGACGUACACGUAGCAGUUAAAGUAAUCAGAACACAAAAGCUCCUACAGGCCCGUGGCUGAUAGAAUGUGCAUUCAUUCUACUUGUAUAGAAAUAUGGACUGCAACACCGAUCCUUUAGUCUCUGUUUAUAGACUGUUGGCAUUUUAUUUAUUUGUCUAACUUCUUCAGUAAUAUAUAUUUUGUAAUAUACAACAAUCUUUGAUUUACACUUGGAAUUCUUUGUUCAAACAGACGUUGUCAUCUACAGUUAUCAAAAUUUAAGCACAAACAGGCAGCAUUAUUUGCAUGGGGGGUGGCUGUUAAUCUAGACAAUUACUAAGGAAGAUGUGGUGAAUGCUGUCAUCAGAUGAGAAGUUAAUAAAAUCGACUCACUGUCACAACUUUUUAUAAAAGGCAUAGUCAGAAUACAAGUGAGAGUUUGUCAGAGAGAUUUUCAACCAUAUAAUGGUUUGUGGUGUUAAUGACCUUUAUAUAAUAGCUUCUGCAUUUUAUGUAAUCCAUUAAUGUUAAAGUAUUUAUUUUAAUAUCUACAUUUAUUAAUAAAACAAGGCAACAUUUUGUUUCUUUUUUGUGCGUCUCCCCCACCAUGCCUCAUUUAGCAUCUGGCUAUUUCCGCUGGCUUUCCAUUAGCUCAACCCUGGAUCUCCAGUUGUCCCUACCGAGUGCACUGGACAUGACAAAAAUUCUGAUAUACUGAUAAGAUGCGGU